AAAAAAAAAAAAAAAAAAUUAUAAAAUAAAGUAUAUAAAAAUACAACUUGAGAAUAUAUAUAUUUUUUUUUUGUAUAAAAUAGUAGGAAGGUUGAAAGGUGUUCUACAAUAACGUAUAUCGAUUUGGAUCUAACCAAGUUGCGCAAUUAAAGGCAAAACCAAGGUUGGUUUUUCUUACCGGUUUAAAUUAUAAAAUAAACAAAGAAAGAAAAAGAAAAAAAAGUUUUCUUACGAUUUUAAACCACGAAAUCUUUUAUGCAAAUUAAUUUUGAUUGGUUCACCGUUGGUUGCAAUUUUUUUGAAUUCAAUACCUAAAAAAAACAGAGGAUGGUCAAUUUCGGAUUUUAGUUUUCUAGCUUUUCGUUUUUAUUGUUUUUAUUCCAAACUUUUUACAAUCACGGUUAAAACCACCAUGGCACUACCUAGCGCUGAUGAACUUGAACAACUCCCAGAGAUUGAAAAGCAAUGGGCGGUCAAAGCCACGCAAUAUGCAGAAACAUAUUUUAGAUUAAUAUCGAGUAUUGAUGGAAAAUCUCUUCGAUUAACGCCAAUUGAUGAUGAAAUUUAUCAAGAUUUUCAAAAUACUUUCCCAAAUUUUUCAUUAAUUGAAAUAGAUGAAGAAGAAAUGAAAUCUACCAACGGAAAAGAAAUUUGGAGAAAUUGGAUUAUGAAAUAUGAAAAGCGUGUUAGUGAUUAUAAUUUUGGUACCUUAUUAAGAAAAAAUGUUGAUGGUGAUUAUACUGAAGAAAACACAAUGUUUGUUACACGGAUGCAGUUUUAUGCAAUUGAAAUAGCAAGAAAUAAGCAAGGCCUGAAUUCUCAUUUAGCUCAAAAGAAAACAACACUGUAAUUGUAUAACAUAAUAGAAUCCAACUAAAAGUUAUAUAUUCCGUGACUUUACAAAAAAAAAAAAAUAAAAUAAAACAGAAUAAAAUUCAAAUAUAUUAUUAUUUCAAAAAUCUUUUUACUUUUCACAUAUACAAGAUCCAUGUAAAUAAAAAUUAUGAAAAUUAAAAGAAAAAA